AUGAAGAAGGAAGGCCCAGGCCCGUUUGCUUUGGACACCAGCGGCGCGAGCAGCGGGGCCGACGGUACUUUGCAACGGGACUCGCGCGAGAGGCUGUUUCCCCUGUGCUCUGCAGCCGCUUGGUGUCGCGUCGUGAGUCCCAGACGUGAUGUAUGUGGGCCUGGGAGGUGCCCAGCUGACCGCAGUGAGACGUGGAGCAGAAGAUGCAGACUGGGCGGCAGUGCCGCCCUCCUGCUGGUGAACGCCCCCUCGAGCGAAGGAGAUGCACGAUGCGCCCCAGUCCCCCCAGAGGCUCCGUCUCUGCGCAUCUCCGAUUGUCCCCCUGGCCUCGGUAACAGUCGCACGGCCAGCGGAGCUCCUGGGAAGGCGGCGUCGGGCCAGUUCGCUGUGCUAGGCUUCUCGAAGGCUGCCUUCCUGCGCUCCCGCUGUUGCCCUCCGGAGUCGCCGCCCUGCCCUUCCGCUGGCCCUCCUCAGACUUGCUGGUGUCCCUUCCUCUCUGACAUCCGAGCUCUGGAGCGUCGCAGCCCUGGGCGCUUCAGUCCGCUCUUUCCCCAUGCGCCUCGAGACACUCAGACCGGUGGCUCUGGACACCAGGACAUCAACACACGGAGCCGCUCCCCGGGCCCCGCCUCACACAGGCCCAAGGCGCUCCACCGCCUUCCCAGCAGCAGCCCCAGGCUCCUCCGGUCUGUUUCCCUUACACUUCGCUCCGUCCACCUGCCGAUCUUACCACCUGUGCCCAGAAUCCAGCCACGCCUCUGCUGCCGGCACCAACUGCCUGGUGCAGCAUUUGUCACCUGCAGAUGUGACCUGGGAGGCCCCACAAUCCUGCCUCCUGCGCCACCCACAGGCUCUUCCAACACAUCCCACAGAACGGCCUCUGAAGACAUUUAGAUCAGCUCACGGUUGUUCUGAACCCGCUAAAGGGCUUCGCCUCUCGCUCACAGUAGAAUCUGCAGUCCGAAACUGCUGGCCAGUUCCGCAUUCCAGUCCUGGCUGCACCAGGCCACGUGUGCUAUGUCUUGGGACCUCUGCCCACAUCUCCGGUUGGCCCACGCUCCCACUUCCUUCUGGGCUCACCGGACAUCAGGAGCUGCCGGCUCACGCUUCCUAGGGUAGAAGGGGCACCUCCAGCCUGGCGUGCCUGUCCUCCUCCCCUGGCCCUGACCACCAUCUGACUGUAAAAAUUGCUGUUUGUUUAUUCAUCUCUUGUCUGCCCCACCCAGGAGAGAGGCAGGCCACCUGGUUCACCACUGUUUCCAGCACCCAGAGCAUACCUGAUGCUGCAGUAAAUACUCAGGUCAGGUGGCUCCAGUCUCAUCGGCUCGAGACCUUGAUGUGCUCCGUUAUCUCAGGGUGAGACCAAAUGCCUCAUUCAGCAAUUAGUGCCUUCGGUGCCUAUUAGUUUUGAGCUAAAC